AACUUUUUCUUCUUUCUUCAUCAGUUCUCUGAAUUUCUUCUUCUUCUUCUCUUUACCAUCUCCUGUUUUCCUGUUAUGGGUAAGCAAAGUCGGUCUAAGAAGCCGGAAAAUUUUGGUCAUACUGUCUAUGGCGCAGCGGCUGUUAUUCCGGUGUCUGGUCCCCCUAAUCCUGUGCAAGAGCAUGGCAAUUUCUCUACUCCAGUAACAAGUCUGUCCACGAGGAAGAAACGGGGGUCAGAGGCUGCCAUGGAAGCCUCAGCAGCUGCAAAGAAAACUCGAUCCAAGACAACAUCAAUGAAGCUGACAAACCAAGGUUGCUUUCCCUUAUAGCUAUGCACUUGAAUUAUUAUCCCUUUCAUCCCUUAUACAUCCUUUUAACUCCAUUGUUCUUUUUUUGCAGGAACUGAUAAACAGACAAACGCUGA